GGCGGCGCCAGGGGGGCCCUCCAGUGCAGAUCCAAGGAAUCCGCGCGGAGCGCCAUAAAUUUGUGUUCAUGGCGUUCUUUCUUUGUCGACCUGUGGCAGGCUCCUGCAACAUCCGACCCCUCCAUUCGAGCACCCGAUCCGUGCACUGCUCACUGCCGCCGCCGCCGGCGCCCGCCGGGCCUGUAGAUCGCGGAUCCGGGCGACGGCUGCGGCCUCCCUCCGGCCUCCCGGGGGCCUCCAGCCCUGCCGGCGCCCCCCCCGUGGCGCCGAGCGGGUGCUGUGAGGUUCGCUGCGCGUCUGAAAUGCGGCGCAGCCGUCCUCCGUCGAUGGGCUGGCAGCGGAUCCGUCCCUCGGGAUGCGGCGCCGCCGCAGCCGACUACCUACCUGGGCUCCUGUUAUUGGAGCCCGCGCUUUGCAUUCGUUGUCCACAGCCAUGCAGGCUGCAACGCACAAAAACGGCAGCGCAUAUGGUAGAACCGUAGCUCUGAACAGAGGGGCAAUGAAGAGAGAGAGAGAGAGAGAACAUUCCCGAAGCCGCCCGGGCCAGGGCAGAGGCCGCAUGCGGAGCCCGAGCGGGACGAGCAGGGAGAGACCACCAGGCGCCUGGUGGGGCCUGCACGGGCCGUGGGGGCUCGGCAGGGCGGAGCGCAGGCGGCGCAGAUCGACGCGGGGGCGGGCUGACCUUUAAUCAGCUUGGCCCCUGUCGAGCGUCGAAGCCUCGGAAUCGGACAGCAGACGUAAUGUGGACAGAAUGUAUGCGCGCGUCGCCCCGAAACACUUCAAACGUUGCGUAAAAACCUUGAGCUACCAUAAACAUGCACGCGCACGCGAGACAAUACAGAAAAACGGCGCGCAGGCCCGCGACGUUCAACGGGCCUGCGGCGUCAAUUGGCGACCCUGGAGGGUGCAUGCAGAAGGUUGCGUUGCUCGGGCACAGAGCCGGGAAGACAGAUGGAUGACAAGAUGGGGUCACGAGGAGGAGGAGGAGGGAGGAGGAGGAGGAGGACUGGACUGGAACGCGCACAACACCUACUUGUGCACCGAGAGGAUCCUACGUGGCCGGCAGCGCGAGGUGCGCCCCUCGCGGACCCAGCGCUCCGCCGACCUCCGCUUCACCGCCACCUCCGACGAGCUCCUACCCCGCAGGAUCCACGGUCUGGCAUCGGGGUCAUAACGACCUCCCCUCCUGCCAACAAAAAGAAACCUUGUGGACCUGCAGCCCAAGUUCCUUCUGCGCUCCCCAUGC